GCAGCAGCUUUUUUUUUAACCAAGCAGCGGAACAAACGGAAAUCAACUAAAAUAUAGACAACAACAACAGGUUCAUUGUGUUACGAAGUAUUCAAGAAAGACGUUAACUACUUACAUUCAAUAAAACUCGUGUCAAUCGCGCUCAUAACAGUUGCAAGGAAGCACAGUCUCCAUCAAAAUGUUCACCAGACUAGCAGCAACACAAACUCUCACUAAAGGCCCACGCCCACUAGUUUUAUGCGGACCGUCCGGCUCUGGGAAGAGCACGCUGCUGAAACGUCUCUUUGCAGAAUUCCCAAACACCUUUGGUUUCAGCAUUUCGCAUACAACGCGUGCGCCACGUGCCGGUGAGGUGCAUGGCAUCCAUUACUACUUUGUCGAUCAGCAGGAAAUGCAGAAAAAGAUUGCGAAUGACGAAUUCAUUGAGACUGCCAUUUUCAGCGGCAAUAUGUAUGGCACCAGUAAGGCAGCUGUGCGUGAGAUACAGCAGGCGGGCAAAGUGUGCGUACUGGAUAUUGAGCCGCAAGGUGUGGAGCAAAUUAAAAAGACGGACUUGAAUCCAAUUUUGGUUUUCAACAAUCCACCAACAAUCCGAGAUUUGGAAUUGCGUUUGCGCAAGCGCCAAACUGAAACGGAGGAAACAUUGCAAAAGCGGCUGACUGCAGCUGUAGAGGAGAUAGCAUAUGGGCUGAAGAAUGGAAAUUUUCAUAAGAUUAUUAAUAAUAUUGAAAUUGAUGCAGCUUACCUAGAGUUCAGAGAUUUCAUUGUGAACGAGUUGAAGAAGCAAGAGGCCGAAGGUGUUCGUAUUCGUUGGGAAUGAAUCUUAGACUUGGAGUGUUGAAAAAUUAUGAAAUAAUAGUCGAGUUCAUGUUGUCAAUAGAAGAUAAGAACAUAUGUAAUGAAGAUGACGUUAAAUAAAAGAAAUUAACUUUUAAAA